UGUCAAGUUACCCAAGCAGCAUAUUUUUGAAGUUGUUUAGAAUUCGACUGAAUUGUAAACUGAAAGCCACAAUGGCAACGGGUGUUGAAGGUGGGACGACGGGCGUUGGCAACUACGAGCGUACGAGGUACUUCAGGAUGAAGGAAGCCGAACUCCUCUGCAGGGAGCAAGAGCUGGCCACGGAGACCAAGAUGCUUGAGCUGACGAAGGCAAAGCUAGAGCUCUUAAAUAUGCGUGAGGAGCAUCGACUGAAUGUCGAGUAGAGGUGGAGAACUAUCGAUGGCACUAUCGACGCUAUCGAUGGUUUGGCGCUAUCGCACCGCCAUCGAUGGCAGCCCUGCACUAUCGAUAGUUUUACACUCGGCGUCUUACAUCACAAAGAAAAAAUAUAGCUGAAAGUGGACAUCAAAAAUAUAGCGCAAAGCAAAAAUAUAGUGGAAAG